UUUAAAAAAAUUGUCAGAGUUUUUCAUUAUUUAUAAAUUUUUUUAUUAAUUAAGUUACUCUAUUACAAAUUAUAGAAAAAAUGGUCUUAUUACAUCAUUAUGUUUUCUGUCUAAUAAUAUUAAUUAUCAAAACCUCAGAUGUGUUUAUAAAAGCCAAUCAUUUAAGUUUGAACUUCUACAAUAUGGAUAUAGAGGAAUUUGUCCGCCAAAUACAAAAUAUACCAACAUGGGAAAAAAAUAAAAUACGCUUUUCAAGUGAUGAACUUAAGCAAAUCGUACCACUCAUCAAUUCGAAUAAAAUUCAUAAAGUUCCAGAAUUGGAUCGGAAAUUCGAUUCAAAGCAAAUUGCCCUCAAGUGUAUUUAUAGUUACAUAACACAAAUAAUUUCUAUGAACUUGGAUAUGUUUCCGUACACUAUCGUAACAGACUCUCGCGCAAACCAUGUCAAAGAAACUAAUACUAAAAAAUCAAUAACAUUUAGUAAUAAAAUCUCUGUAAUUUUGUAUGAUGAAAAUGAUCCAUGUGAUUCAAUUAGUCGAAUAACAAAAAGAGGCAGUAGGAAUCUAAUAGAUAUAUCAGAAGGAACCUUUCGUACACAAAAUAUACAUAAUAUUAUGGGUCCACUUGCUAGAAAUAAAGAAUAUGUAAUUAAUAUGUUUAAGUUAAAAGAUUUUAGGUUUAAUAUUUCAGACGAUUAUGUUAAAUAUGUGGAAAUGUACAGAAGUGCUUUGGCUCGAAUGAUUUCUGUUAUAAUAAUGGCACAAGAUAUUCCAUCCAAUUGGUUAUGGUCAUAUUUUUUGAACCUAAAUGCGCUCGAGACAGGUGAAAUUAAUUUGGGUGAAUUUUAUAAUAACACCACAGACGAUGUUAUAUCUUGUAACAAGUUUGUUUUGUCGUGCAAAGAAUGUAAAUACUUAUAUAAUCUUGAGCCUAACAAAGUCAACAACGAAGACGAUCUAAAAAAAAAUGUGAAUAAAUCGGUUCUAUUAUUAGAAAAAAUAAAACUAAUGUCAGAUAAAAAUGAAAACUUGCUACCUUUAUUUAAGUACGAAAAUAGUGUAAGAGUUUAUGAUUAUUUAUUAAAAAGAAAAAUCCACAGAAUCGAUUUUCUUCCUCUCAUAAACAACAUAAAUUUUAGACCCAUUAAUGAAAUAUUAUACCAAUAUUAUGAAGAAUCACUUAAGGAAUGGAAAACAAAUCCAUAUUUGAUUGUAAAGUACUAUGAUGUUCUUUCUGAUGUCCUGAAAAUUGCGUUGCUAUAUUAUACGGCGAGACAUGUGACGAAUUAUUUGAUAAUUAUGGAAUCUGUUAAUGAAAGACCAAGGGGUAAUAAGUUCACAAAAGAAAAAAUUAGAAAUGAUAUCUAUUAUUAUUUUGAAAAACCUUCUGUUAUAAUAAAAUCAAUGUUACGUUAUAUGGACAUUUUGAAUGAUCCAUUUUAUAGCAAUAUAACUAAAAUAUUUGUUGAUUAUAAAGUAAAAGAAGUCAGGGUGUUUUACAAAUUAAUAGACAAAUUGUUUUUGGAGCUCGAGGAAUUGUUGAAAAAAUACGGCACAUUUGAUCCAAUUUUACAUCAAAAAUCAAAAGAAGGUGAUAUAAAAUUAAACAUUUAUACUAACGUUAGAAACGAAUGCUACGAUCAAUUAAGUGACUACUACCAAACAUAUAUAUCUAAGUUAGGAAUAAUAAACUUCAGAGUUAUUAAUUAUUUUAAAGAAAGUGAAUUCAACAAAUGGUUUGAAUAAUAGCAGUGAAAACAAAAAUAAUAUUAAUAAUAUUGAAUUAUGUCAAUGAAUAUUAGAUGUACCUGUAUUUGUACAUAGUUGUGUAUUCAGUACAAUUAAAAUAAAAUAAUACUGUUAUAAAAUAUUAGAAAAAAGGAUUUUCACUCAUUAUUUAAUUAAAC